AUGCCGCUGCCUACCGCGUCCUUUGUCGGCGGCGUCCUGGUCCUCGCCUACCUCUCGACCUUUGUCCUGUUCGCGCUGCUCCGUAUCCUGACGGGCAUCAGUAUCCAGCGCAUUGGCUACUCGGGCUUCCGUCGCAUCGCCUUUUCGCCCAAGCAUGGCAUCAAGAUAUACGUUAGAGGCGUCGGAUUGUCUCUCCAUCGACCUACUUUUGCGCAACCCACAUGGAUCAGUCUGCACCUGACCGAGCCCCAGGUCGUUGUCGACUUUGGCGCAUUGCAGAAUGCGGCCAACACGAAAUCCGAACACGAACGCGAACAUGGCGCAUCGAGCAAAUCGCACGACAACGACGCAUCGCAAUGGAAAAAGUUGACGCAAGUCAAGGACAAGAUCAAGAGGUUGCAUACAAAGAUCCGAUAUCUGUGUCUGGUCGACUUGGUUGCCGUCUCGAGCAGCAUCAUCAUCAAAGACGUGGGAACCGUCACCGUCGAGCGCAUUACCUUGGCUGUCGACACGAGGGCAAAGACGGUCGAUCGCAGUCGCUUGUUCCAGCAUGACCAGACAAAGGCUUCGUCACAUACCCCGGCCGAAUGGAAGAGCAUCGUUCGAUCUAUACUGUUCACACCCGAGGGAAAGGAGUCCUCCGAAAUCCUGGAUGGCAUGUCUCUGAGCAUCCAUGGCUUCUUACAUCCGCAUCUUGAGGGUCUACGCGAUGCUUCGAUUGCGUUGAAGCUAGGGCGUCUGGAUAUCCCAUAUGACGACCUGCUGGACGCGAACGAGAAGCUGCACCAAAUUCGCGGUGCUGCCAAACACGAGACCCGAAACUCGCCAUCUGUACAAGCACCCAAGAUUGCCAUUAACGAUGUGCUCAAGGAACCCCAGGAUGCCGAGAACCGCGAGGAACAGCUCAUGAAAGCCGUGGCAGAGUCAAGAGAGUUUCUUGGAUCUGUUCUCAAGGGCAUACAGGAAUUUCAAUUGGCCAUUGGCUUUNUGGGUCUUUCCAGGCGCAUCAGAUCUCUGCAUACCUCUGGUCAGCAAGUCUACUUCAAUAUGGCCAUGAAGGAACUAGGUCUGGAUCUUCUGCGUCUUGAUUCGAGGAGUCCAGCCCAUCGCAUGUAUUUCUCGCCAUCAGACGUCGCCCAUCAAGCUCUGCUCACUGCCAUUUCCAUCUCGGCUGGUGUCGACGACGGCCACGACCACCCGGAGCGCAUGCUCUACGUACCUAUGGUUACCGCGACUGUCAAAACCACUCUCCCAUCAAAGACUAUACAAAAGCCAGACGACAGCACCAACGUGCGGGAGCGCAACAGCAACAUACUGUUUGCUAACCUUGUUUGUACCUCGCCAUCUGUUGAUCUGGAUCCAAAACAUUUGCCACUCCUGCUAGCUAUCGCAAAGGUACGGAAGGAUUCGAAAAAGUCCUCAAAACCUCCCCUUUUGACGAGUCGCGGCUUUCUAUCUCGCCUCUUGCCAAAAGCCAUCAUCAAGAUCGCUGUCCAGGAACCUGUUGUCAGGGUGUCACUUCCUCCGCUGAGCCCGUGUUACUCUGGAGACGUCGAGUAUGAUCUGCUCAUCUCGUCAACCUCAACCAUGUCCUUGGAUAUUGACUCGCAACACUCCUUGACCGAUAAUGCAGUCAAGUACGGCUUGCACCUACACUACAGACAGACUUCAAGUCAACUCUACUACCAGACAAAUGCUGGCCACAAGCAUGACCUCUUACAGACAGACACUAUCGAGGUCAAGGUUGACAUCAACUUGCUACCGCAACCCGAGGUCUUUGUCUAUGGUAGAUUCCAGACUUUCUCGGUAUUCCUGGUACGAACAGAAAUCUCUGAAGGUAUUCGCCAGAUUGUAAAAGCCGCUCGUCGAGAAACAGAUUCGGACGGCGGUGCCACAGUUGUGAAGAAGCCAAGUUUCCUUCGUCAAAUCCCAAACUGGCUACAACAUGUGAGCAUACAAGGAGCCGACUUCAAUGUCGAGCUAGCAGGCGUGGAUCAAGCUGUAUCCAAGUAUGCUCGCGGUUUUGCCUUGCAGCUCGAGUCGUGGUCAGCAGAGUACAAGGCGCAUCGUGAAGACGUAUACGUUCCUGUACCGCGAAGAAGGUCACUCAGCAGAUCUUUCUCGCGCGAGAGGAACGAUCGAUCGGCAACACCAGAGGCUCCGCGCAAGAAACAAACACUACCGACGGACGGGCGAAGACUAGCCUUGCACAUACAAGGCCUGGAAGGUCAUAUCAUAGAUGCCGUGGAAGAGUCGAGCGCUGAUCCUUUCAUCAACUUGCCCAAGUUUGAGGUCGCAUUCUCAACCUCUAGCGACAUACAAGGGCCGCUCUUCCACAUCAAUUCGCAUGCUAAGAGCUUGCAAUUGAAAUACUCGCUCUACAAGCACUUCUCGAUCGGUGUAGCAGUGUUGACAUUUAGAAGAAUGUUCCUGACGCUGGAUUCACAACAUACUGACGAGCAUCGUAAANAGCAUCAGCCCAGCUCGCCCGUCAAGACUCGUGACCAUUCUCAAUAUGAUCAGAUCUUGAUGAGCGAAGUAACCACAAUCGACUUCAAAGCGAACCUUAUCCAAGUCAAGGCGGAUAUGCCCGCUGAUCCUCCGCUGAUGGUACAGAUCUUCGGCGCUGAUUGCGGUCGUCAUAGAUGGGCUACGCCAUUUGCACGACUCAAGGUUGUACGGCUGCUUGCUGGAACUCCUAACAUGAAGCAAGUCUGGAGUCGUGUCGUUAGCGUCAAGAAUCUACGUUUCGACCUUCGCGAGAUGAAGAACAAAGUCGGCCAAAAGACCGAGAUUACAAAAUCAUUCGACUUGACGACAGAUGUCAUUCGCAUUGGCGUCCCACACGGCUUGGUUCUGCACGCAAUCUUUGACAACAUUGUCAACACUGUCAAGACUUGUGAGCAACUACACCAUCAUUUCAGCACUGGAACACUCGAGUACAUCUUGGAAAAACAUCCCGAAGGACCGAAGAAGAUUCCAAGAAUAUCUGUGCGUGCCCAAUUGUUACUAUUCGAGAUCGAGGACAGUGGCUUUGAAUGGAAGCUCGGAACAAUCUAUCGUGCUGGCCUUGUUGAGCAACAGCAGCGUCUCGCACGCGAAGAAGCUUUCAGACUCAAGGUCAAGCACGCAGACUCACAACGUCAACGAAGGGGUUCGCGCGUGCGCACCGCUUCUCAACAACCCCCACCAUCUCGCAGACGUAGUCUUUCCCGUCCUGCAACAUCACACCAUAAAAGGAGUAAGAGUGCUCACUCGAUCCACACACUUCGAGAAGAAGACGAAGAGUCCUCUCCUGAGAAGCCCCGUGGCAGAGGUCGUGAUCGCAAGAUCAGAUAUGACACUGAUGGCAAGGCUAAUUUCAAUAGCGCAAACACUCGUACUGUUGAAAAGGCACAUGCCAAGUUGCAGGAGUUCAAUGCUCAAAGUUGGAAGAAGCGUAUUGACCGAGCAUUAAACACACAGAGCCGUGCUAUCAGCGACUUGCGCGGUAUCUUGUGGGGUAUAAAUGACCUGCCGGACGAGUCCGAACAAGCCGAGAACGUAAUGGCCGUACCACAGCGUCCUGCGCUUAUGGCCGCUGUCAUUAGCGAUGUUGGUGUAAUCAUCGACAAGCCUUCGUUUGCACUCGACCAAUAUCCGCAAUUUUUACACGAUAUUGGUAAGGGCAUGCCCAUGGACAUGAAGUAUGGUCUGCUUUUGCCCAUGAGCUUGAAGGUCACCAUGGGCGAGGCUCGAGUUAUGCUGAGAGACUAUCCUCUGCCUCUCCUACACGUUCCUGCCAUUCGCCCUGGCCAAUCACCCAGACUUGCCAGUCUGUCUCUCAGCACCGACUUUGUUGUUGCGGAAGAAUUCCAGGGAUUGGAGUCUCAGCGCCACAUCAACGUAGUCGUGGUGCCCAAAGAAAAAUUCGGCAAAGACGACAAUGAGAAGAACUUCUCAGUCGAUGUGCGUAGAACUAUUUCGGCUGUGAAGACUUACUCAGACAUGAAGAUCGACAUCAACACGAGCUCGCCCACAAGGAUUACCUGGGGAACAUCGUAUCAACCCGCUAUUCAGGACAUGAUGCAGGUCAUUGAGAACUUCACAAAGCCACCAAUGGACCCAUCCGACAGAGUUGGAUUCUGGGACAAGAUCAGGCUCAGUUUCCACUCACGUCUUGAUGUCAAUUGGAAAGGUGAUGGCGAUGUUCACCUCUGCCUCAAGGGAUCUCGAGAUCCUUAUGUCGUGACUGGUCUCGGAGCUGGAUUUGUCAUGGUCUGGAGGAACAAGGUCCGCUGGAGGAUCGCCCAAGAUGAUGACNCCCGCAAGUUCAUGACUGUGGAUAGCGGUGACUAUGUCAUGGCCAUACCGGACUACAACUACUACGCCCGACAGCUGCAUGAAGAGCCUGAGACAGAGUCACACAGUGGGUCUAGUAGCGUCAACAGCGGCAAGGCUACAGCCGCCUUCAAGAAAGUGGUCAUGAAACUGUCCGGGAACGUGCAAUGGAUGGCUGGUCUGACAUUCGAACGCGAAGUCGAGGAUGGCAAGCGGAGCUUCGAUUUCUGUCCUCACUACAAAGUCAAGCUCAGGCAUCCUGAUCACGCCAAAGCACCACCAGGUGAAAUGUACGAUGCAUUCAAGGAUUUCAGAAGUCACUGGAUCCAUGGCUCUAUCGCCAUCUCUGCACCGCAAGAUCGAGACUGGAAUGUUGCCAAUCUUCAACCGUCGAAGAAUUACAACUCCGUUCAUCUCAGUCCACGCUUCUUUACGCACUUCUACAACUGGUGGUCGCUCUUCUCCGGAGUCAUGUCACUACCCGUUCGCCAAGGUCCUCUUUGGGGAAGCAUGGAGAAGUCGAGUAAGAAGUUUGGUCGUCAUCUUGGCACAAUCAAGUACAAUCUGCUUUUCUCGCCUCUGUUCAUCAGUCAUAUCUACAAGCACAAAGAUGCCGAGGACUAUCAAAAUGACAUCGUUUCUGCCACAGGUCUGAAGAUGAAACUUGAUAGCUUCAUGUUGGAUCUUCAUCAACGCAGGGAAACUUUUGAGAUCCCAGCGACUGCCGACAAGAAGGCAAAGCGAACGACUGCCAUGAAGAUCAACCAAUGUCAACUCGAUUUCAUCUCGGCUGAUAUUCGAGCAAUUUCUGCAUCGAUCAAGGGAACGAGUACCACUGAACUUGAUCGAGCUGACGAGGCCACUCUGGCUUCCUACCAGACGAGCAACAUCACUCAUGUCGAUAUGUCCAAGUUUACGAUUCCUGACAACGACCUGACCUGGAUUGAUAUGGACGACUUUGUCGAGCUCGACUGGAUCUUGCCUGCAGAGACGAAUCCUGCGACCAAGAUUCUGCCGCUCGGAUUUGCACCUCGCUUCACGUAUUUCAGACAGACUGAUCAUGGUGACUCGGUUUCGGGUGACACGACACGGUCCAGUAUAUUCGGUGAUGAGCCAACGCAUUACUGUGUCAUGUCCAAGCGAAACGAUCCUCGCAGAGUCCAGGCUGAUCUUAUCGAAUCUCGUAUACACCGUAUCGAAGAGCAAAUGGCCAAUAACGAACGCGCGGUUGGAGAGCAGGAAGUCAAGGUCGUUAGAACGCAUGAAGGCCAUGAACAGCUUAAUGAGCGACUUCGAGCUUUGAAGAACCACACCGAGGCAUUACAGAAGAAACAUGAGUUCUUGUGCGAACUUCUGAACGUGCUUGUUGAGAAGUUGCAGCAAGAGGACCCGUCCAUUGGUGAAGGAAUUGAUACGGAUGAACUGCCUGACAGAGAUGCCGAAAAGGAUAAUGCACCAAAGGAAGAUAAGAACCCAAUUGCAGACUACACGAGCGACUUUAAUAACAGGUUUGUCGUGCACAAUGCUCAGAUCAAGUGGAACAACUCUUUACGAAACAUUAUCCUGCGCUACAUUCACCAAGUCAGUCAAAGACGUGGCUUUGUGUACUACAUGUCUAGAAGGGCUGUCAAGUUCAUUCUGGAUAUCCUUGAGGAACAGAAGAAAUCAGGUCCUCAAGCUCCGGAUAACCGCACCAACAGUGUGGUCAGCAACGAUGCAUCUUUCUUACCCAUGACACCCAAUCAAGAGGACGAAUUGGCCGUACAAGAUAGAAUUGACCAGCUUCUCAACGAUGGAAGACAGUUCGUCAAUGCCGACGACCCCGAAACACAGGAGUGCACAGAGCCAGCUGACAAAGAGGGCGGUGGCGAAGGCAUCUCGACCGAGUAUACCCCACAGAACACUUACCAUUUCCGUCUCAUUGCUCCACAGAUCCAAUUACAGAGCGAGAAGGAUCCAAAGUCGGUCAUGCUGGUCGCUGCCAAAGGAAUGCAACUCAAAGUCGUUCAGAUUAUGGACAAGGAAAGAGUUCUUGACGAGAUCAGCGGCUUGGUACAAACACGCUUCUCUGCCGCUAUGGACAGUAUGCAAGUCUUCGUCGCCAGCACCAAGAAGUUCUCGACUGAAUAUCUUCACAUGUACUCUGGGAAUCGAUAUGGUGGCAAAGUUGGAGAAUACUGGCCCCCUUGGGUACCAUUGGAGGUCAUGUUCGAAUUCCAGGUCAACCCCUACGGUUUCUCGAGAGUUGUUCACCGUACUUCUGCAAGCUUGCGCUACGACAAAUACAACAAUCUGCGUCUAAAGUACAAUGACGACGUCAGUGGAGGAGACGGAAACAAGACGCAGAACCCUGACGCCUCGGACCCUCGUAUGGACCACGUCUAUAUCGAGUUCCCUCACUUCCGAGCCAUCUGCGACUCCAAUCAGUACUUUGCCAUGUACAUCAUUGUGCUGGACUUGCUGCUGUACAGCGAGCCACUGGAAAAGACUCGUAGUGAACGACUCGAAAAGAUCAUGCUGGCCUCUGACUUUAGCGAUCUGACAGGCGCACCCGAGAUGGUGGAGAUGCUACAAGCCCGCAUUCGCCAGCUUGAAGAUAUCAAGAUGCACUUCCAGAUCAACGAGAAGUACUUGGAUCGCCAGGGAUGGAAGGAUAGAAUCGCGCUCGAUGCAGAUCUUGCUGCUUGCGAGGAUGAACUGUUCUUCAUGAUGAAGGCAAUCACCACUUCGCAGAGCAGAGUCGAAGAUCGCAAUCAAGAAGAGUCGCCUGGUCUCCUGAGAUGGCUCAUUUCGUCCAAAGAGAUUGCUUGGCAUCUCAUCCGCGGAGAGAACGAGUCGUUGCUUGAGUUCCAGAUCAAGGAUGGUCUUUUCGAUCGUACAGACAACAACGACGGCUCCAAUUACAACUGCGUGGAGAUUGGUAGGAUCAAUGGCUUCAAUCUGUUGCCGAAUGCCGUAUACCCUGAGAUCAUCGCACCAUACAUUGACCCAACUCGUGGCUUCCACAAGCAAAAGGAUAUGAAGAUGUUGCGUGUGCAGUGGUUGAUGCUGGAAGCCAUUGCCGGUAUCCCUGUGGUCGACUACUUUGAAGUCAACGUCAUGCCUUUGCGUGUUCAACUCGAACGCGAGAUUGCCAAGCGACUGUUCGAAUAUCUGUUUCCAGGUGUUGGCGGCAAUGCAUUUGAAGGUGGCGGCUUUUCGCCUUUCAUGGUCCGUAACAUGGCCGUGCCAGAGGACGACGAGGAAGAUUCGGACGAGAAGAAGGACAGUACGCCGCAUGAGGAAAUCCCGACCGGGGGUGUUGGCACUGGAGCUGGUGAACUCGAACACAGACUCCAGCCCACGCUCAAACUGCCCGAAGGCAAAGUGCCCAUCAAGAAUGGCAAGAGUAAGGGGCUCGGCAACAAUCAGUCGACCUCGUCUCUGCACAACCUGCACUGGAAUCCCUUCAGCCAUUCGGACAAGUCAUCCAGCAACGUCGCCAAGAAGCAGAACGGCAACACCGCGUCCAACCUCAGUCUCGUCAGCCGCACGCCCUCGCAACGUUCCUCGGAAACAAAUUCGCUCGCCGAAUCCGAAAUGUCCAAGAAAAAGGCCAAGAAGGGCAAAUCGUCGGACAAGGACGACAACAAACAAGCCUCUGACGAUUUGUCUCUGAUGCUAUCCCGUGCUUCCAACUACAUGACCUUGUCCUUCUUCAAAGUGCCCAGCAUGGUCCUGUGUCUCAGCUACAAAGGCCAAGGACGCAGAAACCUCGAAGACGUGCACGAUCUCGUGUUCCGCAUGCCCACACUUGAGUAUCGCAACAAGACAUGGUCGAACCUCGACUUGGCGCUGCAGAUGAAAAAGGACCUUAUCAAAGCGCUCAUCUCGCACGCAGGCGCCAUCGUGGGCAACAAAUUCCACAACCACAGGCCUUCACGCCAAGCCGCGACCAGCAAGCUGCGCGAGAUGGCCAAUCUGAGUACCAUGCACAUCCACCGCUCCUCUGCAGAACAAGACCGCGGCAGCGAAGCAAGCACACCCAUCACCACAUCUUCCAUCGUCGAAGAAGAAGACGCAGCCGAAGACCUCGACGAAAAACCCGCAAGACCAUCAUUUACCUCUGGGCGGCCCAGCGUGUAUGACGACCACGCGCCCUCCUCACCAAUAAACAGUUUCUUCAUCGCUUCAAGAACCAAAAGCAUCACGCCCUCCCUCACCAUGUCCCUCGAAACCGAAGGCGGACCCGUACCCCCUCCGCGCCCACGCCCACAAACUAAUUCCUCGCACAUCUCGCGUCAAUACACCAAUACCUCGUCCCUGAAUACCCCUGCUGCAUCCAGAAGGUCUGGAGAAAGUAGACACAGAAGCACGAGUAUUGGCUCGUCUUUUGCAGACAAANAAGGCAUUUUUGGACGCUUGAGACCGGGGACUAGUGGGUCUAAUGGUGCAGAGCAGAAGAAUGGGGGAGUGGCACAACAGGGGGACGGGGUUGAUGAGGAAGGGUUUAAGAGUAAGUUGUUGCUUGGCGGCCAGAAGUUGCUCAAUAAAUUGCCGCAUGGUGGUAAGGGGUAG